AUGGGGCUCACCCCACCUCAGAGCGUCGAGAAGAUCACUCGCAGAGCUCAAGACUACGAAUAUAAUCCACACAUCUCACUUCGGAAUUGGUUAAGAACAGCAACAACACUAGUCAGGGAGGCCCGCAUCUACGAACGCGAAGGAAACGAUGAACAAGCCUACCUCCUCCUCUUCAGACAUGCCCAACUCGUACUAGUCAACUUGUCGAAACACCCCGAUUCCAAACAAGAAAAGAACCGCAAGGCGUUACUCGAUGCAGAGACCGAGGUUAAAGCCAGCAUCGAGAAGCUAGAGACGCUAAAACCCCGGGUCAAUAAACGAUACGAACGAUAUGUCCAGUUAAUGCGCGAACGUAAAGCACGGAGACAGCCGCCGAUUACUACAUCACCACCUCAAGACCCCACUCGUCAUGACCCGGCCCUGGCGGGCGUCGCUGCGCCAUUGGAAGCGGGUGAGAAUAAAGGGUUCGCCGUUGAACUGGCAAGGACGGAAAUUAGUCGACGGGCGACGGCAAGGAAGGCUUUACGGGAGGCGGGAGUAUCAGAAGAGGAGGAGCGCAUUCGACGCAGUGCUGGUCUUUGGGGUGAUUGGGAGAGCGCGUUGGAGAAGGAUGGGCAAAAGACGACGGAUAAGAACGACUUGAGCACGCGGAUCCAGGAGGUCAGGCUCAACGUUGACCAGACACAAAAGGAACGCUAUACGAAGCCUGCACCGCGACAGCAGACAAUAUCGUCUCCUGUGUCUGCCUAUAAGUAUCCCAGUGUUCCUCGACAACAACCACUUGGUACCAUCACCUCUCCGCCAAUCGUACCAGUUAAGACGCAAACUCGCGUGGACCCUCCCGCGCUACCUCCGAAGCAUGUCGAGAAUUAUGGCCCAGCACUCGUGGAUAACUCUCCACCGCAUCCAAACAAAAUCUCGCCAACAGCAGUGUCAGAAACCACACCAUCAUUAUUACCACCCGCUCUUCCAGAAAAAGUACGCCCAGAAGACGAUACAAAGUCCCGAUCCGACCUCGACCCAUCCAGCUUCACCUUCAAACCAUCCGCCUACCUCGAAAACGGGACGCCUCUCCGCACCGUCUUUCUUCCUCCAGAUCUCCGGACACAGUUCCUAAUACUAGCUGCUUCCAAUACCCGUCGAAACCUCGAAACCUGCGGGAUUCUCUGCGGAACAUUAAUCUCCAACGCACUCUUCGUCUCAAGACUCCUCGUCCCCGAACAAACAUCCACAUCCGACACAUGCGAGACAGUAAACGAAUCCGCCAUCUUCGACUACUGCGACUCCGAAGACCUAAUGGUGCUAGGCUGGAUCCACACGCACCCGACCCAAACCUGCUUCAUGAGCUCGAGAGACCUGCACACACAUUGCGGAUACCAAGUGAUGCUGCCAGAAAGCAUCGCAAUCGUGUGCGCUCCCAGUCAAACACCUGACUGGGGGAUUUUCCGGUUGACAGACCCGCCUGGUCUUAAGACGGUGCUGAAUUGUACACAGCCGGGGCUAUUCCAUCCUCAUUCUGAGACUAAUAUUUAUACGGAUGCGUUACGGCCGGGGCAUGUUUUUGAGGCUAAGGGGUUGGAAUUUGAGACGGUUGAUUUACGGCCUGAGUCAAGGAUUUAG